CAGCCUCCCCAGAGACCCUGAGAGAGAGAGAGAGAGAGAGCUCACUCGCAAGUUAAGCUCCCUGCCCUGAGACAACCGGGGCAGCACAGAAGGCUCCAAAGCAUGUGGGAACUCCGGUCCAUAGCCUUCUCCAGGGCAGUGUUAGCAGAGUUCCUGGCCACACUCCUCUUUGUCUUCUUUGGCCUCGGCUCAGCCCUCAACUGGCCACAGGCCUUGCCCUCUGUGCUGCAGAUUGCCAUGGCCUUCGGCCUGGCUAUUGGCACCCUGGUGCAGGCUCUGGGCCAUGUCAGCGGGGCCCACAUCAACCCCGCCGUGACUGUGGCCUGCCUGGUAGGCUGCCAUGUCUCCUUUCUCCGAGCUGUCUUCUACGUGGCUGCCCAGCUGCUGGGGGCCGUGGCUGGGGCUGCUCUGCUCCAUGAGAUCACACCGCCAGACAUCCGAGGGGACCUGGCUAUCAAUGCUCUUAGCAACAACUCAACUGCUGGCCAGGCCGUCACUGUGGAGCUUUUCCUGACACUGCAGCUGGUGCUCUGUAUCUUCGCCUCCACCGAUGAGCGCCGUGGAGACAACUUGGGUACCCCCGCCCUCUCCAUCGGUUUCUCUGUGGCCCUGGGCCACCUCCUUGGGAUCCACUACACCGGCUGCUCCAUGAACCCUGCCCGCUCCCUGGCUCCAGCUGUCGUCACCGGCAAAUUCGAUGAUCACUGGGUCUUCUGGAUCGGACCCCUGGUCGGCGGCAUCCUGGCCUCCCUCCUGUACAACUACAUCCUGUUCCCGUCCUCCAAGAGCCUGUCGGAGCGCCUGGCCGUGCUGAAGGGGCUGGAGCCGGACGCCGACUGGGAGGAGCGCGAGGUGCGGCGGCGGCAGUCGGUGGAGCUGCACUCGCCGCAGAGCGCGCCGCGGGGUAGCAAGGCCUGAGCGCGCCGCACCCGGGCUCGAGGGAGCUCGGGGGAGCUCAGGUGACCGCCCGCCACCCACGCCGGACCCCCUCUCCCCAUGUCCGAAGCUGGCCCUCAGUGCAGAGUAGCUGCUUCCAGGAAGUGCCGCGACCAGGGUUUGGGGUAGCGGCGAGCCCGGCAGAUCCCCUGUUCAGAGGCUGCAGGCAGCGAGUAGUGGACCCUCCGGGCCCUUGCAAGGAGCUGGGGACUUGGGCACUGAGCUGGGGAGGGAGGGCAGAAGAAGACUCUGGAGAGCCUGCACAGUGUACUGAGUAGGGUGGAGGGAAGUGCACACAUCUCCACGGUGCGGGGCAGGGGUCUAGGAACAGUGCAUCAGGUUUGCUAGUUCAUCCCCCAGUGCCUCUCUGUCCCCAUGUGCAAGGUUGUGCAUGCUCCUGAGUGUGAACAGGUGUGCCUGUGGUGACACAAGCGUACAAUGGCUGGCUACCACUCACUCCCCUCUUGACUCCUCCCUCCCCCACCUGCAAUAAAUCCACUUCUUCUGCAGUGGAUGAGUCCUUGAAGCCAGUUAUCCCCAGUAACUCUAAGAGUGUGCUCCCCAAGAGAAGGGAAGGGGAGGGUCUGGAGCCCACCAUGAGAGAGCUGAAGGGAGGGUACUGAUUUCCAACCCCUACCCUGCCCCUUCUGGAAAAUUCCCCUAUGCAGCAGCACUGGGCCCUAAGACUUGCCAGGACACAUUGCUAGAGGCAAUAAGGUAUCAAGCAGAGAACAGCUACCUCAGAAGUGGCCUCCGGGAAAAAUGAAAGUUGAGUGGCCAAGGACCUCCCUCCUGCCCUAAGAAAGGACCUCACCCAAGGAGAAAACGGGCAUAAGUGUGUGCAUGCCGCACAUGUAUACAUGUGACCCCAUCUCUUGGGGGCCUCCAGACCCAGAGAUUAGCCUCCCACUGCAGCAGAGGAAACAAGAGCCCUUUGUGAGCCCCUGCCCUUUCUCUUGGGAAAGGGGGAGAUUUGCAACUAGACACUUCUUGAAAGGAGACACUCAGUUUCGCAAGUGAGCCCUCUCGCCCUGCACAUAUGGCUGGCUGGGCAAGACACUCAGACAUGAAACCACAGGCACCAGGCAACACACCUCCAUCACCCACCCCAAGGGCAACCCUCUUCCGCAGGCAGCAGCUCUUCCGCCCCUCUCUCCCUUCCACCCCUCAGCUCCAGUGCUACCCUCACAUUCUGACUCCCACCACAGGACCUUACUGUGGAGAGAGCAGCCUAGCACUCUCAGGGCUGGAGAAGGGAUGUGACUUGUCCAGAGAGGCAGGUCGGUAUCUAGAGCUAGGCUUCUAAAUUUCCAGGCCAGUGCCGUUUCUCAAAUGAGAUUAACUGGGAUUAAGUGAGAUGAUGCAUGUAAAGAUGCUGUGUGAACUGUAAUUCCUCAUACCAUUGUCACGCAUUAUUGGGAUCAUUUCAUUAUUUCUGCUUCCUGGGGGAAGAAUGCAGAAGGGGCCUGACCCUUGGCUUCCUUUACCUCCUUCAGUUUGUGGCCAAAGCAAAGGAGAACACUGGGGCCCCAAGGUGCAGGCAGGAGAUGGGUUUGGGGCUAGCCUCAUCCUGAUUCAGCCUUUCAACCUCUCUCAACCUUAAGCACACACUGGCUGUUCUCACCUUGCUUCCAACACCCAGAUUGUCCAUUCUCCCCUCCCUCUCCAGCCUGCUGCAUAGCUAACCUGAGAAUCACACACAACAGAGCCCCCUUCUCCAUGCUCUGUUGCCUCCAUGCUUUCAAGGCUUCUAUCUGUGUCUGUCCCACACUGCACCAAGCAUCACUGUGCACCAGAGCUUCCAGCCCCUUCUGAAGGGUCUCCUCUCCUUUCAGAGAUGGACUGCAUAUGAAGAACACAUCUCUGUAUGCUCUUUUCUGUCUUCCUUGACCAAACCUCCCUUUGGGUUAGAAAAAGCCUGCUUUGGCCAUAGUUGCUAUGGAGAUGAGUCUCUCAAUCCCCAAUAGCUGACGACAGUCACCUGGCCUCACUACCAUGGGAGGGGGCGAGUCAGAGACCAAAGUGACCUCUAGGGCUGUACUCCUGCCAGCUGAGUGUCUUUGUUCUGGAAGUUCAAAGCCAGCAAAGCACUGAGGUAGGAGCCAAGCCUAGAUGUGUCUCAGGUACUUCAUCUUCACGUCACCUCUCCCCCACAGAUCCCUCUAGAAGUUGCCAAAUUCCUCUCUUUGUCUGUUCAUCUUCCUAGAUUGCAUCUCCCCACAAACAAAACAUGUGAGUUCCCCACCACUUCCAGAACUGAUUGCCCAGACUGGGGCCACUGAAGUCAGAGGUCAAAGCAGGAUGGGGGUGAACUGACAUCUAUUAAGCAUUUCUUGUGACCUAGCCUCUGUGCUGGGUUCUUUACACGUAUUAGCCCAUCGAAUCCUCCUAAAACUUCAGGCAGGUUACGGAAGGACAAUGGCCUACAGCCAUGCUGGGUUUUACUUUCUCCAAAGCACUCCCAUAUCAUCUCCUGUGAUUAUCUCCCGACCCCAGGCCGAACGAAUACUGUCCGUCCCAUUUUAGGCUGAGGCUGAGGCUAAGAGACUGGUCUAAAGUCACACAGCUGUAUAUAUAUAGUGGAGCUAAGACUUGAACUCACGCCUUCUUAUGCAAGAGCCCAUGAUAUUUCCACUCAGAAGUCAGAGGAGACCAGGUCUGUGCUGAGGCCAGUCCUAGGCCCCUCCUGGGAGCCCCUGGCAGAAACCAGGGCAUACAUCCUGACCUGUCCAGCCCAGCCUGCUGCCUUGUGGUAGACACGGGGCCUUGGGGAAGACACAGCCAGGUAGAGGGAAAAGGACAAAGAACACAGGCUGGUUUCUGCCCUUGAAGAGCACCUGGUCUAGAGGAGCGUGGAGGUCAAACACACCCCAAACCAGACUGAGGCAGGGCAGCAUGGAGGCAGGUGAACAGCCCUUCAGGUCCCCAAGCUGGAGACGGAGAAGACUCUGAGCUGAGGGGAGGAGUGGCUGACCACUGAGUCCCAGCUGCCUCCACCCUCAUACUCCCACUUUGUGCCAGACAACUUUGUACCUGCACUGUUACUGUGAUAUAGUUUUGUGUCUUUACGCUGUGAUUCUGUAUCUAUGUGGUGCCUCCCAGCGGGACUGUGAGCCCUGUGGGGGCAGGGCUCCUCUGGUUCUUAAAUGGCAUCCUCCUAUCUUCCCUCAUCAGCCAACUUAGUCUAACACAGGACUCUGCACACAGUAAACACUCAAUAAAUGCUCAUUUGCCAAUAAAUGCUGUUUCUUUCA